AUGGCAAGUCUGUUCACUGUUGUGGCCCUCCUGGCUGUGUUGUCCAGUGGGAUAUGUGAGGAGAAAUCCUUUUUGCAGAGAGCUGGUAAGGCCUUUAACAGCAGACAGUACAGAUCUCUGCUUACUGUGAACAAUGGAGAGAGGUUUGGAAACUGGACCUGGCCCGAGAUGUGUCCCGACAAGUUCUUUGCUGUUGGAUUCAGUAUAAGGGUGGAGUCUAACCAGUAUGGGGGGGAUGAUACUGCCCUUAAUGGGAUUCGCCUCAUUUGUGCCAAAGAUGGAAACCGAAGCUUCCUUUACUCUGUUGAAUCCCACACUGGCUACUUCGGUGACUGGUCCCAGGCCCAGUACUGCCCCAGUGGCAUACUCACCUCUUUCCAGAUUCGCGUGGAGCCCCAUCAGGGUCUGUUUGGUGACGACACGGCUGUCGGCAACAUCAAGUUCCGCUGCAGCAGCAACCCAACACUGGAGGGACGCGGCAUGGACUGGGGAGAGUAUGGCCACUGGAGCCAGGAGUGUCUCAAUGGAGGAAUCUGUGGUAUUGAGACCAAGAUGGAGGAAUACCAGUAUGGCUUGGACGACUCAAGCCUCAAUGAUGUGCGCUUCCAUUGCUGUGACAAGCCGCAGCAGUGAUCAGCAGGUGAACAUCAAGGAGACCUGAGCACUACGAUCCAGUCCGUCUCCAACAGCCUGAACUCAAAGUGACAAUGACA